GGCCGCGCUGCGGGCGUGGGGAGGGGGCCCCGGCUCGGUGCGAGCCCCGCGGCGGGACGGCGAAGGGCUGGGAGCGCCCCGGCGGCAGGAGGGCGCGGUGCUGCUGGGGGCUGCCGGCACGCUGGAAGCGGCUGUCGGUACCGUGGCGGUCCCCAGCGCAGUGCAGAGCCUCCCCCUAACGCAGCACUAUGGCUAAUGUAAAGACGGAAGAUGAAAUAAUCCUCUUUGAAAGAGAAAUGAAAGAGUUUUGGACCAAAUUAAAAAGUGUUUAUGGCACUGAACAGAUCAGUCAGACUUUAGCGCUGAGAGAUUCGUGCAAGGAGUCCAUAAAAGUGCUUUCAGAGAAGUGGUCCAAGAAGCUGAAAGAAGGGGACCUGAUGAUUGAUAAAAUUCAGGAGUAUAGCAAUGAGAUUCUCCAGCAGAGCCAAUGCAUAUCAGAAAAUCAAGAGCAUUUGACAGAAAUAAAAUCUAAUGUAAAUCGAGAAGAAGAGCAGAAGAAGGGCUUGACUGACAGCAUCCAAGAGCUUAAAGAAGAGUUGAUGAAGAAAAAGGAAAUAAUAUCUUCUAAAAACAAAGCCACUAAGGAGAGAGUGGAACGACUAUGCAAGUCUAAAGUAUUGUUUGAAGAGCGGCUUGGAUUGGAGAUACGCAGAAUUCACAAUGAACAAUUACAGUUUGUAUUCAGACAUAUUGACCACAAAGAUCCUGACAAGCCAUAUGUGUUUACCCUUUCCAUAAAUGAACAGGGAGAUUAUGAAGUGACUUCCUGUACGCCUCCUCUGGACUGUAUAGCAGAGUUCCAGCUCAAAGUGAGAGAAACUAACAAUUUUUCUGCAUUUGUCGCCAACAUCCGGAAAGCUUUCACUGCUCUAUCUUAUAAAUAGUCUGCAUGAAACUAGUUUAUACCUCUCUUUUUCUAGCUGUAGAGCACUCCUUUCCUUCCUUCCUUCCUGUAUUGUGAAAGUAUGUAUUUAUCCAUGUCUUACUCUAAUUUCUAAAUAAAGAAAAAGUAAUGAAAACUGUAUUUUAGUCCACUGUUAUCUACAGACAUUUUGGAUCAUUCUUUGAACAACAGUAUAAUCAACUAUUUCCUUAACUGAAUGUCUUCAGACAUGUAAAUUUUGAUCCAAUAGCAAGUAGCUUAAUGAUGAUCUCUAUUUAGCUACCUCAGGAAGAUACUAAAGUACUUUCUGUAGUUUAUGUCUCUCUUCCAAAGGCAUAGAAGUGUCUUUCAGGUUUGUGUGCGGUUGGAAUAGGCCUGAAACCUACCAAAAUAAUGUGCUGGAGCUCAGCAGUUACUUCAGUCACCUGUGUCACACGUCACUAUCUUAACUUUUACCCUGUCUUGUACUCUCCAGUGUUAUCACUCAUUUUCAUGCAUGUAAAUGGUUGUUUUUCUUUUGGUCUGUUAAACUAUGUAUUUUACUGCCUAUUCCAGAUUCUUGUCUGGAUGCCUAUUUCUGUUGUUAGUAAUAAUACCAUUUGAUGUGCAUGCUAUUCUUGAAUAAAGCUCUUAAUAGGAGCAA